GGCUUAGGCUUAGGCUUAGUUCGAAUCUCUAACAGAAUCUAACAGAGUCUAACAGAGUCAUGCAUAUGUGGAGUGCAGAAUUCAGAAUCAGCCCGGGUCUUACAGAGUCGGACUGAAGCAAGGUCCAAAAUUGAUCCUUCGAGAAUCCAAAUGAAUCAAAAUCACGAUAAACAGAUCCAAAACACGGGACACAAAGUCUGGAAGACUAGUACUUUCCAGGGCAGAGUCAGCAGAGUCAGUUGA